GACUGCAGACAUAGUACAGGAGAUGACCAGAGACUGCGGACAUAGUACAGGAGAUGACCAGAGACUGCGGACACAGUACAGGAGAUGACCAGAGACUGCGGACAUAGUACAGGAGAUGACCAGAGACUAUGGACAUAGUACAGGAGAUGACCAGAGACUGCGGACACAGUACAGGAGAUGACCAGAGACUGCGGACAGUACAGGGGAUGACCAGAGACUGCGGGGACAGUACAGGAGAUGAUCAGAGACUGCGGACAGUACAGGAGAUGACCAGAGACUGCGGACAUAGUACAGGAGAUGACCAGAGACUGCAGGGACAG